ACUAUUUCUCUCAUUCACGCCAAAAAUCCUUCUCUUUCUUUCACCUUCUUCCUCUUCAAUCCAGUUCCUUACAUACAUUUCAAAUUCAUGUAAAUCACAAGCUUCUUGAGUUCACCACAUACUUUUCUUCUCGUUAACUUACCUUUUUCACAUAAAUUUCGCUGCUUUCUUCUUCUUCUUCAUAUUGUAAUGUAACUUCAUAGCAAGCAAUUUGUUCCAUCUAUUACCCUCUUUAGCUACCAUUCAUCUGCUAAAACUUAUCUAAAUCUUUCCAUACCAUAUUUUUCUCAUGGGUUCUCGUUAAUUUCAGUUAAAGAUUGAAGCUUGCUUCGAUUCUGGCAAUACCCAUCAGUUUCUGCUCCUAUUUGAUAAAUGGGUAUUCGUUAAAUUCGGUUGUUUGACUUUCUUUUGACGUUUUAAAGUCCAUUUGAGUUUCAGAUAUCUGGUGUUUUGCUCUACAAGCAUGUAAUUGUUACGUUGGUUGGUAACUUGCUAUUGCAUUGAUACUGUUUGAUGAAUUGCCUGAGAGAAAGAGUUAGGUAGAUGGAGGAUAUGAUGAUGAACUCGUGUCGUUAACAUUGUUGGUUUUCAUCCUAAUCUAGUUUACAUUCGGCACUAAUUGAUUUUUCUGAUAAUUCUUUAUAGUAUUUGCUGAUAUUUAUUCUCUAAUGACACCCUGAGAUGUAAUCAUUAGUAAGUGUCUAUAGAUUUUUCCAUCAUGAACUACAUCAGGGAGGGUUAUAGUCUUAUACAACAAAUUUUCUAGUUCAACAUAAGAAUUCAACGAUCACAAUGAAGUAAAGUAAAACUCACUGCCUUUCUGCCCAUUCCUAAACAUACGGUUCGCAUACAAAUUUGAGUUGUUAUAGCAUUAGUCUCUUGAGCUUGUGUUUCCAUUCCUAUUUCAAAGUUGAUUCGAAAAAAAAAAAAAAAAAUAAGCACACGAGGCAACUAGCAAGAUGGAAGAAACAUUUGUUCCGUUUCGUGGAAUCAAGAAAGAUCUUAAAGGAAGACUGUUGUGCUACAAGCAAGACUGGACAGGUGGCAUCCGUGCGGGUAUCAGGAUUCUGGCUCCAACAACGUAUAUAUUCUUCGCUUCAGCGAUUCCAGUUAUAUCUUUUGGGGAGCAACUAGAAAGAGAUACUGAGGGGAGUUUAACUGCAGUUCAAACGCUAGCGUCAACAGCACUUUGUGGCAUUAUCCACUCUAUAGUUGGAGGACAGCCGUUACUGAUACUAGGUGUAGCUGAGCCUACGGUGUUAAUGUACACGUUUAUGUUCAAAUUCGCAAAAGAUCAGAAGGAUUUAGGGCAGCCCCUUUUUCUAGCCUGGACUGGAUGGGUUUGUGUGUGGACCGCUCUUUUGCUGGUUUUGCUAUCGGUUUUGGGUGCCUGCUCAAUUAUCAAUCGGUUCACGCGGGUGGCUGGUGAAUUGUUCGGUCUUCUGAUUGCAAUGCUCUUCAUGCAACAGGCUAUUAAAGGAGUUGUAGAGGAAUUUGGUAUACCAAAAAUCGAGGAUGCCAAUCAGCUAGCGCUUCAACCUUCUUGGCGAUUCGGGAAUGGAAUGUUUGCACUCGUUUUGUCGUUUGGCCUUCUUAUAACUGCUUUGAAGAGCCGUAAAGCACGGUCUUGGCGUUACGGGGCCGGGUGGUUACGGGGAUUCAUUGCGGAUUAUGGUGUUCCUGUUAUGGUGGUUGUUUGGACCGGUGUUUCAUAUAUGCCAGUAAACGAUGUCCCAAAAGGGAUACCAAGGCGGCUUUUUAGCCCCAAUCCAUGGUCUCCCGGUGCAUAUACAAAUUGGACCGUUGCAAAGGAAAUGUUGAAUGUGCCAAUUGUGUAUAUCUUUGGAGCUUUCAUUCCCGCAACCAUGAUCGCAGUGCUUUACUAUUUCGAUCAUAGCGUCGCAUCUCAACUUGCUCAACAAAAAGAAUUUAACUUAAAGAAGCCUUCUUCGUAUCAUUACGAUCUCCUUCUUUUGGGCUUUCUGACGUUACUAUGCGGGCUACUUGGCAUUCCUCCGGCCAAUGGUGUUAUUCCACAAUCUCCGAUGCACACUAAGAGCUUAGCCACUUUAAAACAUCAGCUUCUAAGACGUAAACUUGUGGACACUGCUCGACAAAGUAUAAGUAAAAAUUCAAACUUGAGUGAACUAUACGAGAAUAUGCAACAAGCAUACGAUGAAAUGCAGACACCACUCGCUUAUCAAAUUCCAUCAAGUCUGGGAUUGAAAGAGCUAAAAGAGUCAACGAUUCAACAAGCUUCUAGUACUGGUUGCAUAAACGCACCGGUUGAUGAAACUGUAUUUGACAUUGACAAGGAUAUUGAUGAUCUUUUACACGUUGAGGUCAAAGAGCAACGCCUUAGUAAUGUGUUACAAGCGUUAAUGGUUGGUGGGUGUUUGGCUGCUAUGCCGUUCAUAAAGAAGAUUCCAACUUCGGUUCUUUGGGGGUAUUUUGCUUUUAUGGCGAUUGAAAGUUUACCCGGAAAUCAAUUUUGGGAAAGAAUAUUAUUACUUUUCACCGCUCCAAGUCGAAGAUACAAGGUCUUGGAAGAACAUCAUGCUACAUUUGUGGAAACCGUACCUUUCAAAACGGUUGCGGCUUUCACAUUGUUUCAAACGGUUUAUUUGCUUGCGUGUUUUGGAAUAACGUGGAUUCCAAUCGCCGGUGUUCUUUUCCCACUUAUGAUCAUGCUUUUAGUUCCAGCAAGGCAAUAUUUACUUCCGAAAUUCUUUAAAGGUGCACAUCUUCAAGAUUUGGAUGCAGCGGAAUACGAAGAAGCCUCAGCUACCUACAAUAUGACCUUUGGUGAGGAUGAUGUUCAUUCAAGAACCCGAACCCCACAAGUCGAUAGUGCAGAAGUUCUUGAUGAAAUUAUGACAAGAAGCCGAGGUGAGGUUCGCCACACCAACAGUUUAAAAGUAAAAGGUUUGACCCAAACUCCAAUUGAUGAUACGAAGCCUGCGUAUAGUCCGCGUAUCUCACAACAGGUUGACAGUCCACAUUUGAACGAGUUACGUGUUGACAAGAUCCCUAAAUAACAUGGAUAAGGGCUAGAAAUCAUAAAUACUACCAGCCCGUGCCCAUCUAUCCUUGAUUUAACGAGUCACGGUUCAUCCUCUUGCUAAACGGUGCUUCAUAGGUUGUGUACUUGUGUUUUAAUCAUGAUUUUAUAGGUAUUGUGUUUCGUUUGAAUGUUAGUACUUUGUCGAAAGAGUGUCUGUAUGAUAUACAAAGUAAUGAAGUAUUCAUGUAUGUAUGCAUAGGCUGGGCAGAACACAUAUCAUUAAAUUUUGAAGUUUAUUAUAUGAAUACUUUGGUAUGCAA